GCUCCCCGGGGUGGUCUUGUGCGGACCCUGGCCUGGGCCGGCCCUUUGCGCCGGCCCCCCGUGUCACUGGAAGCGCCGGUCUCAGCGGCCGUCAGGUGGCCCCCGGGGGCCAGCGCCCCACGCUGCCUCACUCCCUCUCCGGCUUCCUCUCCAUUUUGGCUCCGGCGGCUCUCCUUCUUGUUUGCUAUCCUGCUGCUGGGGCCGUAGCCGCCGAGGCCGAUUGACCUCCGCUAAAGUGACGAGACUAGGUCAGAGGAAAGCUGCGUUCCGGAGAAUUCACCCUUGAGGAUUACUAGCAGAUAGAGGGGAAAAAUUCCGCAACCUCACCGAGAUUCUUCUAUCCCUGCAAGACUACAUCUGAAAGACCGAAAAGACCCGCCUGUUGGCGAUGAGGAGCGGCGCCAUCAGCUUGUAAGCUCAGCUUCAGUGCCCCCUGAGAAUGCAGCCAGCUGGCAGCGGUGGAGGAGAGCGGUAAACACAUUAGUCCUCUCUUUAUCAUCUGUGCCACGUACGCAGUGCUCAAGGGGACUCGGCCUCUGUGCCAAGGCCAGGGAGGCCUUGUGUCAGCAGCAAAGGAUGUAGUCCAGGAUCUCACACUGCAAAGCAGGCUCUUGAGAUCACGCCUCUGCACAGACAGCCUCCGCUCCCCGCGCCCCAUGACAGUGGUUCUCAAACUUCUGAGAAUUAGAGCGGAGCAGAGGACGUGGAAAAUCUUUGGUGGCUGCUGGCAGGUGAAAGAUCAAAGCAGGACGCAGCGGUCAAAGGCACAAUCAAAGGGCUGAGAUCAAAGGGAAGUGGCUUCGUUCGAGAGUGAACUCCCCCGCUCCCCAUCACAGUCUUCACCAAGGCUUCUCUCUUGCUCUGUUGAAAGGAAGGUGGAUGAGGAAUUUGGUCUGCGUCUGGCUGCUGAAGCCAUGUGCCAAAAGACGGACAGUCCCAGAACAGCGGCCAUGCAAUUAGCCCUCUGAGGCCAGCGGCCACCGUGGAUGUCCGGGAGUGCAGGCGGACCGGCCAGAUGAGCGGGGAGUGGGUGCACCCAGGCCAGACCCUGAUCUGGGCUGUUUGGGUCCUCGCAGCUGCCACGGAGGGGCCCCCUGGAGAAGCCCCGGUGAGGAACACCAGGCUGGGAUGGGUCCGGGGGAAGCAAGCCACCGUGCUGGGAAGCGCCAUGCCUGUGAACAUGUUCCUCGGGGUCCCCUUUGCUGCACCCCCUCUAGGACCCCUGCGAUUUGCGAACCCACAGCCUAUGUUGCCCUGGAAUGGCUUCCGAGACGCCACUUCGUACCCUAAAUUGUGCCUCCAGAACUCAGAUUGGCUGCCCUCAUAUGAACACAUGCUCAAGGUGUAUUUCCCCAAUUUGGGAGUGUCAGAAGACUGCCUAUACCUUAACAUCUACGCCCCAGCUCACGCGGACACUGGUGCCAAGCUCCCCGUCAUGGUGUGGCUCCCUGGGGGUGCCUUCCAGACUGGCUCAGCCUCCAUGUUCGAUGGGUCCGCCCUGGCUGCCUACGAGGACGUGCUGGUCGUGACUACCCAGUACCGGCUAGGGAUGUUCGGCUUCUUCAACACAGGGGACCGGUAUGCCCCGGGGAACUGGGCCUUCAUGGACCAGCUGGCCGCCCUCACCUGGGUGCAGAAGAACAUCGAAUUCUUUGGCGGGGACCCACGCUCUGUGACCAUCUUUGGCGAGUCAGCAGGAGCCAUCAGCGUGUCCAGCCUUGUCCUGUCCCCACUGGCCAGUGACUUAUUCCACAAAGCCAUCAUGGAGAGUGGGGUGGCUAUCAUCCCUUACCUGCUGGCCCCUGAUGAAGAGAGAAAUGAGGAUCUGCGGAUGAUUGCAAACACCUGUGGCUGCAGCGCAGUCGACUCCCAGGCCCUGCUGCGGUGCCUGCGGGCAAAGCCAUCGGAGGAGCUGCUGCGCAUCAGUGAGAAAACCAAGUCUUUCACGAGAGUGGUGGAUGGUUUUUUCUUUCCCAAUGAACCUCUAGAGCUAUUGAUUAAAAAAACAUUUAAUUCGGUUCCUUCUAUCAUCGGAGUCAAUAACCACGAGUGUGGCUUCCUUCUGCCAGUGAAGGAGUUCCCUGAGGUCCUCAGGGGCUCCAACAAGUCCGUCAUCCUGCGCAUGCUGCACACAGCUCUGGACAUCCCCACCCAGUAUUUAAACGUCGUGGCUGACGAAUACUUCCACGAUGAACAGUCCCUGUUUGAACUACGGGACAGUUUCCUGGACCUGCUUGGAGAUGUGUUCUUCGUGGUCCCUGGGCUGGUCACUGCUCGGUAUCACAGAGAUGCCGGUGCACCUGUUUACUUCUAUGAGUUUCAGCACCCGCCCCAGUGCCUCAAGGACAGGAAGCCGGCCUUCGUCAGAGCCGAUCACACGGACGAAAUCCGCUUUGUCUUUGGAGGUGCCUUCCUGAAGGGCGACGUUGUCAUGUUUGAAGGAGCCACGGAGGAGGAGAAAUUGCUGAGCAGGAAGAUGAUGAGGUACUGGGCCAACUUUGCUCGAACUGGGGACCCGAACGGGAAAGGCCUGCCUCUGUGGCCAGCCUACAGCCAGGAGGAGCAGUACCUGCAGCUGAACUUGAACCUGAGCGUGGGACAGAGACUGAAAGCGCAGAAGGUGGAGUUUUGGACAGAGACCCUCCCCCUGAUGAUGUCCACUUCCGGGGGGCACCUUGGCCUUCCUCCUUCCUCCGUAUUCUUCCUUUCUCUGCUCUUGCCUUUUAUGUUCCCUUUUGUCUGUUGAGAAGUUAUCUUUCUGUGACUUUGGUUUCCCUUCUACUACAGUGCCUCCCGCCAUGCCUGGCUACAUUCUGUGUUUAGCUACUUUAUGGAAUCGGCUGCUUCAGCCGAUCCUUAGGGAAUUCCUUUCAACAUUGAGAAAAAUGCCAUUUGCCUUGAAAAUGUCUUCACUACACCUGCAGGAGGGCUGGCCUAUUUGUUGGCAUAAUGAUGAUCUGGCAAUGCACGUGAAAUAA